GGGUAGGUAGGAAAGGAUCAUAGGAUUUGUGUGGCUGUCAGGCUAAUACGGAUUGGACUUUGUAGACUUUCCCCUUACAUGCCUCUGCAUAUGCAGGACUAAGACAUGCCGUGCUACCUGUUGGGUGGGAUAGUCAUCGUCGUAUACAGAUUUCUUUUUAUAUCUCUCUUCUUUCCGAAUAGAGAAAGGCUCGGUGUAACUCGUCUGCAGCCCCAGGCGAAUGCAACCAACAGCAGGCACACCGGAAUCUCAAACACAAAGGCAAAAAGAAAAGGCAAAAAGGCUAAACCAUGGCCGAUUAAAGGGUCAACGAACAGUAACAACUACUGCAGGUUAAUCAAACAACUGCAUAUCAAGGACUGCUGCCGUUACUACUAGUACGUCGUAGUAGGACUGCUGUUGCUAGCAGAGAAACCCCGCAAAGUGGCGCGGUGUCGCGUGAGCACAAGUCGCCAGGACGUACAAACUAGAUAUCGUGGCCAUGGCGAGAGGGACGUUCGGUAUUCAGUUGGGAUUAGCAGUAGGCUGCGUCCCCUGGACCGGC